AUGGAUGAUUUCAAGCAAUUAAACACCAACGAGAUCCAUUCCACUCAAGAUUUCCAGUCGUUGACGACAAUUUUUAGGCAAUAUGGUAAAACAAUUAGUGAUUUAAUUCUCUAUGAUUCAAAUAAGCAGUUGAUCCAAUUAUCCAAACUAUCAGGAAGAUCUAUUCGAGAAAUUGAAGAUUACAUCGAAGUAUUGAAAGCAGAUUUAUCGAAUCAAGUACCAACAACUUUUAUUGCUGAAGAGUUGAAUAGAUAUUCACCAGUCAAACAAAGUCAGUAUAUAUCUACCGGUUUACCAACUAUCGAUAAACAAUUGGGUGGCAAUGGAAUACCAUUAGGAGAUAUUACAGAAGUAUUUGGAGCAAGUGGUUGUGGUAAAUCUCAUUUUCUUAUACAAUUAGCUAUUCAAUGUCAACUAAGAUCAGAGGUUAAAAAUCAAUGUAUAUUUAUAGCUACUGAAUCAUUCUUAGAAACUAAACGUUUACAAGAUAUGUAUGAUUAUUAUAGAGAAAUUGAAGUACAAGAUCAAGGCUCACAAAUACUGAUGGAUAAUGUUUCAUACAUAUAUUGUCCCGAUUUGGAGAGUCAAGAUCAUAUCAUAUAUACUCAGUUACCUAUCAAGUUAGAACAACUCAAAGAUAAGGUAAAUAUGGUGGUAAUAGAUAGUAUAGCACAGCAUUUACGUCGAGAGGGAUCCAUAAAUAAUUCAAGUUAUUUAAAGGAGAAGAUCGACAGACUUCAUGAUCAACUAAAAGAUAUCAGAGAAUAUCAGGAUAUUUAUAAACGUCAUCAACAACAGUCACAGAAGUUUCAAAAGAAAUCAUCCAAGUAUCAUAAUCGAUUUCUUAAGAAUCAUUAUUUAUUUUUAUUAAAUCGUCAUCUAUAUCGAUUAGCUACAAAGUAUAACAUCGCCAUAGUUGUUGUGAAUCAGGUUAGUGAUUUCAUAACUCCUGAGUUAGAAUAUUGGAAUCAGUAUAGGCUAGAAGAUGUAAUAAGUCCAUUGAAUUUAGAUUUUCAAAUGGGAAUAUCGAGUGGUUGGGAUCCUAAUGUCAUAUUCAAUAGUCAACAACAACAAAAGUUUCAAUUGAAUAGUAAGGAUUUGGAAUUAACCAAUUAUGAAUUAGAGAAAUCUAUAAAUGGAGGUUAUUCCUCCUAUAAACGUCAUCAGCCAGAUACUGUAUCUUCUAUGAAUGCAGAUCCACGAUAUUUAAGGCAAAAUGCUACAAAAGAUGUAGAUGCUGAUUAUAAUGAACAGAAAGAUUUACUUAUAAAAUUGCAUAAAUUAGGCAAUGUGAGAACGAAGAAAGUUGUCCCUACUUUAGGAUAUCCCUGGUCGAUGCGUGUACCGAAUCGAAUAAUGUUGAUGAAGACUUAUAGACCACUAAUGAAAGAUAAAGAGGAAUGGAUAAAGAUGAAUAAUAAGAAUAGAGUAGUUGACCCUGAUAGUGGAUUAACUUAUGAUCAGUUAAUUGCAGGAUUCGAUCUUCAUAGAGAGAAUAAUACUAGUGUUAAUACAGAAAUUGAUGGUAGUAGUGAAACCAUAGCAACCAACAAUCAAAAUCAAACUAUUCAAGGUUUAAUAAAAGGUUGGCAGGUUGAAAGAUAUGCUAAGGUUAUAUAUUCAAGAUAUAAUGAUAAUGAUACCAUUAACGAUAAAGUUCAAUUUAAAAUUACAAAUAAUGGAGUGUUUGAAGUAUAA